AGCUAUUUGUGCCAAAGCGCGUGGAGCAACAGCACUCUGUCCGUGUCUGUCCUCUCGGUCGUUGCGAUGUAGGCUACGGAGCAUCUUCACAGCAACGCUUUCUCAUUAACAAGUGGCGCACAUACAUCUCUUUGGACUUUUGGGUCUUCCAUAUUCACAUUUUGGAAGGAAAUAUAAAUUGGACAUCUUUUUCAAGUUACUCAAGAUUCCACCAUGACGCACGCUCUGGAUCCCAUCAGCUCCAACAGCACAGAAGACUGGAACACCACUUUCUUCACCUCUUCCAGGGACCUCCAGCACCCCCCAUACCCAUAUUACCAACAGAACAUCACCUACGUGGACCUCUACCUCCACAAGCCCUCGGUAGUGGUAGUCUUCAUUGUGUCUUACUUGCUCAUUUUCCUGGUCUGCAUGGUGGGGAAUUGUGUUGUGUGUUUCAUUGUGUUGCGAAGCAAGAACAUGAGGACGGUCACCAACCUCUUUAUACUCAACCUGGCCAUCAGUGACCUACUGGUGGGCAUCUUCUGCAUGCCAACUACCCUGGUGGACAACAUCAUAACAGGCUGGCCUUUUGGGAGGUUAGUGUGUAAGCUGAGUGGGAUGGUUCAAGGCAUAUCAGUGUCAGCUUCAGUCUUUACUCUGGUGGCCAUAGCUGUGGAUAGGUUCCGCUGCAUCGUAUACCCCUUCAAGCAGAAGCUGACAAUCUCCACCUCCACACUGAUCAUCAUCAUCAUCUGGGUGCUGGCUAUCUCCAUAAUGUGUCCCUCAGGGGUCAUGCUCCAGGUGACCAAGGAGCAGCGUGUCCUUAUCCUACUGGGGGACGGCUACAACAACACCCGCCCCUUCUACUGGUGCCGUGAGAACUGGCCCAAUCAAGAGAUGAGGAAGAUCUACACCACCGUCCUAUUCGCUAACAUCUAUCUAGCCCCAUUAUCACUCAUUGUCAUCAUGUACGCCCGCAUCGGAUUCACCCUCUUUAAGACGGCCAUACCCUCCUCCGGCGGGUGCAGUGGUAGUGGCAGCAGCGGUGGGACGAAACCCAGCCUGGACAACAACCGUCAGUCGAAGAAGAAGAAGAGGGUGAUCAAGAUGCUGUUGGUAGUAGCGCUUCUCUUCAUCCUGUCAUGGCUCCCGCUGUGGACGCUGAUGAUGCUAAGCGACUACGCCAGCCUGACGGCAAGCCAGCACCGCAUCAUCAACAUCUACGUGUACCCGCUAGCCCACUGGCUGGCCUUCUUCAACUCCUCCGUCAACCCCAUCAUCUACGGCUUCUUCAAUGAGAACUUCCGACGGGGGUUCCAGGCCGCAUUUAAAUUCCAGCUGUGCUCCGCAGUCAUGGAGCGGCAGAAGACCUACUCGCAUCGUAUCCAAGGCAACGCAGUGUUACCAGCGAACCUGCACCUGCCCACCGGGGCCGGCUCAGGGGGGUCGGAAUUGGCUUUGGUGAACAGGAAGGGGCUGGGUCGGGAGGAAGUUGUCGGGCGGACAUCCGGCGGGCGAUCGUCAGAGAGCGACGUGAAGGAGCAGGAUCUGAUCAUGGAGGAUCUGGAGAAGGUUAUAUAUGACCUAUGAGACACACUUAAUGUCACAAAGAAAUUGUGCAGUCAACCUUCAUUCAGCCGUGCAGUAGCCAGUGGACAUCAAUUUCCUCAUGGCUCUUUAGGGUCAUGACUGACUGGUGACAUUUAAGGAUGACAUCUCACACUUAAGAGGGACAUCUUAUUGAAUGUCAUAUGAUAUGCAUGGAUUCAUCCUUACCAGUGGACAAUACCUGUGCCUCUUGCUGGGCUAUGCUCAGUCAAAGAGGGGAGUGGGAGGGUGGAUGGAUGCAGGGGGACACUUGUUGUGCUCCGCACCUCUGUCAAAGGUGGGAGUGAGAGGAUGGAUGCAGAGGGACACUUGUUGUGCUCCACACCUCUCAGUCAAAGGGAGGGACACUCAGAGCCGAGGCGAACGCAGUGAUGUGCCUAUUCAGUUGCCUUGGGACUGAUUAGAACAUGACAAGAGACCAUGCAGGGAUGAGAGAUGCCUCCUGCUGCUGCACACUUAGACAAGAGGACUGGGAAUAAAAGGGAAUAGAAUCAACCAACCACCAACAGUUAAGCAGUGUACUUAUGAGAUACAGCGAAGGAUAUUAUUUUAUGUUGUUUUGUUUGUAUUUGAACAGUGAUUGUGAAUAUUCAUUUUUAACGAUGAGUGUCUUGCACUAGAAUUUUAUGCUGCUUUUCUGUGUGCUAAAAUAUUGUAAACUCUUCUGCUGAACAGGAAUAGUUGUUCUGACUAAUUUAUCCUUGUUAACAAAGAAAAUAUUACUUUAUGACUGACAGCCUACUUAAUUUGGAGGCUAAGGAAUCUAUAUGUCAUAUAAAUACAGUGGCGGUGGAAUUUUGUAGCUGUAUUCAUGCAUGUUUUACUCUUUUGGAAAACCUUU